AUGGAGUACUGCCCCGGCGGUGACCUCCACUCCCUCCGCCACAUUCAGUCUCACGAACGCUUCUCCCUCAACUCCGCAAGGUUCUACGGUGCAGAGGUCCUGGUGGCAUUGGAAUACCUCCACAUGCUGAGAAUCAUCUAUAGGGACUUAAAACUUGAGAACGUGCUGUUUAAGUGGUUGGAGUAUAGUAUAUCAAAAAAUGCUGCAUUUUGCCGUUAUUGUUAUCUUUUCAAAUGUGAUUUUGAUCAAAUGGGUAGCAGUGGAAGUGAUGUCUUCACUGAGAUAGGGUUUACAAAUUGGAAGAAAGGACCCGAAAAUCUUCGAGUCCAUGAGGGAGGUGUUGGAAGUCUUCAUAAUAAAGCUGUACAACAAGCUAGAGAUUUGAUGACACAAAAACAACACAUUGAAACAUUUGUGAUUAAGCAAACUGAUGAAGCUCGCAUUAAUUAUCGUACUUUAUUGAGUGCCUCACUUGAGUGCACAAGAUGGUUGUUGGGACAAGGUUUGCCUUUUCGUGGCCACGAUGAAUCGUUGAAAUCAAGCAAUAGGGGCAAUUAUUUGGAGCUUAUGCAGUUUCUUUCCAAGCAUAAUGAACAAGUUAGGAAGGUUGUGUUUGAGAAUGCUCCCAAGAAUCUUAAGUAUACUUCUUCCGAUAUUCAAAAAGAUCUUGUCCGUGCUUGUGCCAUUGAAACUGUAGAUGCAAUCACUAAAGAUAUGGAAGGUGCAUUUUUUUCUCUUUUGGUUGAUGGAGCACGUGAUUCUUCAACUAAAGAGCAAAUGGCGGUGGUAUUGCGUUAUGUGAACAAAAAAGGAGAAGCAAUUGAAAAGUUUUUGGGUGUUCAACAUGUCUCCUCUACAACUAAUAGCUCUCUUGAAGAGGCCAUUGAGAGAUUGUUUGCUACAGCAAAUUUGAGUAUGUCCAAGUUACGAGGACAAGGCUAUGAUGGAGCUAGCAAUAUGAAAGGUGAGUUAAACGGUCUUAAAACAAAGAUUUUGAACAAAUACCCUCAAGCAUUUUAUAUUCAUUGCUUUGCACACCAACUCCAACUAGCUCUUGUAUUUGUGGCAAAGGAAAAUGAGGAUGUUGCCAAUUUCUUCAUCAAUGCUAGUAGUUUGGUGAAUCUUAUUGGAUCAUCGUGUAAGCGUCGUGAUGCAUUUAGAAAGAAACAACAAGCACAAAUUCAGAAAGCUCUUAAUCUUGGUAAUCUUGAAACGGGUAAAGGGUUAAAUCAAGAAAUGAGUCUCAUGCGUCCAUGUGAUACACGGUGGAACUCGCAUUAUGGUACUAUAGUUAGUAUUAUUGUUAUGUUUGAAGCCGUGGUGGAGGUGGUUGAAUGGAUAAAAAGUGAUCGCAACCAAGAUAAUCUCGGUGAAGCAACUAGGUUAUUCAAAGACAUACAAACAUUUGAUUUUGCAUUUCACCUUUUCUUGAUGAGACUUAUAUUGGGAAUUACAAAUGAGUUAUCACAAGCAUUGCAAAAGAAAGAUCAAGAUAUUGUGAAUGCGAUGGCAUUAGUGGAAGUAUGCAAGCAAAGACUACAAUCCUUGAGAGAUGAUGACUUUGGAGACUUGCUUCAAGAUGUAGAAAAGUUUUGUGAGGAGCAUGAUAUUAUCGUUCCUAACAUGGAGGAUUUGCAUUUCGUACCUGGAAAAUCAAGGCAUUACAUUCAUGAUAUGAAGAUGCAUAGUGAGUUUUCAUCAUUGAGAGGAAUUAGUGAUCUUGCAAAAGAGUUAGUGAAGACCGGAAGCGGUCGUGGUUGA